AUGAUGAUGAUGAUUAAUAGUUGAAUACGGAAAUGUUGGGGUUGUGUGGUCUGAAAAUAAAGAUUGUUGAGGAAUCUUAUUACAUGUUCGGCCACUCACCCCCACUGUAAAUUCUUGAAACAAAAGUUUCAUGCUAGUAUUCCUAUUCUGAGCUAACAAUCUCGUAAUCCGUGCUUUGAACAUUUGAUUUGAUUUUCUGCCUCAAUUUGUUGUUUCAUUGUUCUUCCCUUUUAUUGGGGUUUUCACAUUUGCUUUUGACUAUUAUCUAUAUUCUGGAAAAAAGAAGCUAGGGUUCAUAGCUGCUUCUCGUUUGCUCUAAUUAAGAGAUCGAGGAAAAAAAAAAAAAAAAGAAAUGGUGAGAGGAAAGGUAGAAAUGAAGAGAAUAGAGAACGCAUCAAGCAGGCAAGUGAGUUUUUCAAAGAGAAGAAAUGGGAUGUUGAAGAAGGCUUAUGAACUAUCUGUUCUUUGUGAUGCUGAAGUUGCUUUGAUUAUUUUCUCUCCAAAGGGCAGACUCUAUGAAUUCUCAAGCUCCAACAUGCAGAAGUCAAUACAGAAAUAUCUGGAAUCUAGAAGAAACCGAAAUACAGGCAUUGAAGUUGAAGAACACAUGCAGCAAUUAAAGAAUGAAGCAGAAUUAAUGUCAAAGAAGAUAGAGCUAUUAGAGAAUUCACACAGGAAGCUUUUAGGGCACAAUUUGGGUGACUGUUCCAUGGAAGAACUUCAAGAAACUGAAAACAAGCUCGAGAAAACCAUUAACACCAUAAGAUCCAGAAAGGCUCAACUUUUCAAGGAGGAAAUAGAAAAAUUACAUGCAAAGGAGAAGAUUCUGUUAGAAGAAAAUGAAAGAUUGCUUGAAAAGAUGGAGUCGUGGAAAACACACGCGCUAGAGAAACAACGAGAAAUUGGGAGUUAUAGCCAAAUUACACAGACCGCGGAGGUGGAGACUGAAUUGUUUAUUGGCCUACCAACAACAAGGAACGGCCGUUGAUCAAAAUCAUCAACGGCUGUUAAUCAAAUAAUUUCACGUGGAAUUUAAUAUUCCCAAUUUUUUUUUUUAUUUAAUUUUCGCCCCCACUUCUAUGUAAAUAGCAAGUAGCAUCUCUUUUUCGAAAAUAAUUCUUUAUAAUAAAAUAAACAAAAUGGAGGGCAACUUAAAAAACCCUAA